CAGUGGGCGGUCCGCGCUUGAAAGAAAACCCCCGUGCGCGCUCUGUCCCGAUCAUCGCAGACCCGGGACAUCCAUCCGUCCGCCUACCUAGGCUGCUACAGUCCCAACCCGAAUCCGAGCCCAGACCCAGUCCCUCACAGGCUCGUUUCAUGCGCGAUCUGACGAGAUGCUGGAGUCCGGUGGCGGCGCGCGCGUGCUGAAGGAGGGCGCGCUGGAGAAGCGCAGUGACGGGCUGUUGCAGCUGUGGAAAAAGAAGCGCUGCGUGCUGACCGAGGACGGGCUGAUGCUUCACCCACACAAACACCACCACCACCACCACCCCCACGACACCGGCUGCAAGGUGAAGGAGCUGCACUUCGCCAACAUGAAGACCGUGGACUGCGUGGAGCGCAAGGGGAAGUACGUGUACUUCACGGUGGUGAUGUCCGAGGGCCGAGAGAUCGACUUCAGGUGCCCGCAGGACGAGGGCUGGAACGCGGAGAUCACGCUCCAGAUGGUCCAGUACAAGAACCGCCAGGCGAUCCUGGCCGUGAAGUCCAGCCGGCAGAAGCAGCAGCAGCUGCUGAUGGUCUCCUCGCAGAAGAUGCUCCGAAACGCGCAGUAGGACGCGUGAGACCCGCGGAGCCUCUCCGGAGUGCGCGAGAUCAAAGGACACUCCCGCGUGGAAGCGCGUUGCUGGAGCGCGGAGCUCGCGGGCGUCGGUUCGGUGUCACCUUGUGCACUUGGACGCGCGCGCAGACGCUCUUCAUGCAUUGAAAGACAUCACGGCUGAGUUAUCAUCAUAUACCGGACGGGAAUAUCGCCUCGGAGACUGUAGGGGGGCCGGGGCAAGUUGUCACACUGAGGUUUAUUGUCUAGCAGUGCUUAUGCGUGUUGGUUUCAAACAUCUAUCUUCAAGGACAGUAAUAUCUGUGUUUUGUUUAUCUGUAAAAUCACGCUGGGAUGUACGGUGAGAGCAUAUAAUGAAGGUAGAUUUGAGAUUGUUUUCUCCAAUAAUGCAAGGUUGGGGCAAGUUGUUAUGAGGUAUUGAAUUAAAAUCCUUUUUUUUUUUGUUGAUAUUUUAGAAUUAUUUUAUUUUCCCAUUGUGACAACAUGCCCCAAUUAAUUGUAUUUCUUUUUUUUUUGGCUGUAAUGGUGUAAAUGUUCAUAUGAUUUCUGAAGCAAAUACUUUAAAGUCUGUAUUUAUACAGAAACUGCCUGAAAAUACCCCGAGUGAAAGGUGUGACAACUAACCCGUGGUCUCUCUUCUAUGUGUAUGGGUUAUAAAUGUGAAAUGCCAUCACCGUUCAUCUGUCUUGAACAGAAGUGCCAUCAUCACUUUCCACACCGCGGUUUCAUUUGUCAGUCUUGUGCGGCUCUGGACGUGUGAUCAAUAUCUUCCAGGAGAGCGAGAGGCUAAUUUGUCACGGUCCAGAUCGCAGUCUGCAUGUGUGUGUGCUGGGAUUUUAAAGAGACCACCCGAGUGUCACACAUCCAGUGGAAAACUGCAGACUCCUGAAACCCGAAACACCUGAUCUUUAUUGAUCAAUCACUUCUGCAUUUGAUUAUAUAGCCUAUUUAUUUGUAUAUAUUUUGUAACUGGUCAUUUGCAUAUCUGAAUGUUGGGUUAUGUCUCUUAAUGCAUUUCACAAUCUCAGAAUAAGCUUUUUGAUUACUUUUUUAUUCUUGUAACUGGUUUGGAUGGAAGAUUCACAUUUGACCAAUGCUGUUUUUGAAGAUACCUUAUUGGUUCGCGUUGUUGCAUUUCAAACCAAAGAAUGUAUUUCAUGUUAUUGGGUGGAUUAUGUGGACAUGACGUAACUCAUACUCUGUUAAGGUUCAUUCAUUUGAAUUAUGAACGUGACCUCAGUCCGUGUGUUAGACGCCAUAUUUGAUGCAGUGUUGAAACACUGGGAAAAGUCUCAAAUGUCUUCUCUUCAUUCCUGCCGAACUAAAUGUGGCCUCUAUCCUGACUGAUCUGUGUGUCCUGAUCGAUAGUGCAUUACAUAAAGCGUCUCAGUUGAAUGCAGCGACUGAACAGGACUGGAUAUUGUUGAUUCAUCAGAUGAUCUCUGUCGAGUCCUGCGUGACAAUGACAUUUUCUGAUGGAAAUGCCACUUUCAUACCUUUGAAAUAUACAUUCCAUUUCAAAUGAAUGUUGAA